UCUACACUUCUGUGAUGCGCUGGUGAUUGUGCACCAGUAGUUCCUAGGCUAUCGAAGUGUGUAUAUAGAGCCUUUCAUACUGUACUUGAUGCGUAUAAAAUUGUUAUCGAUAAAAUUUUAUCUUGACAUUCACCAUCAAGUUUUUCAUCACAUUUGUUGUACAAUCCAGUUAAAAUAAAAUAUUUAAAUGAAUUUUUAAGGAAGCCUGUGUAGAUUUUUGCCCAGUAUUUAUAAUGCGAUUUUAGAGAUCUUCCGAAGAAGCUUAAAAGCGUGAAAACAUAUAAAAACAACAUUUACUGUGCAUCGAGAAAUCAUUCUCAAUUUGGGCGACAGGGAGAGAAUAUUGAGGAAAACUUUUAUCUCAACCUUACUGAGCUUAAAAUUUAGAACUAAAAGCGAAAUGAGCGAUCAAAACGCGUGUUGUUGCAUUCACUACAGAACAGCUGGGAUCACCGCAUCCCUGCUCUCGCUUAUAGUCACACUUUGCUGUUUUCUGCAGUUGGGGAUAGAAGAAAACUGCACGAACGAUGCAUGGCGAAUCAUGCUGCUUGUGAUGACAAGUUUGUGCAUGCCGAACGCAACAUGCAUGCUCUACUAUGGAGUCAUGAAGGAUAAGCCACAUCUGCUCAAGUUCUACUUCGGUGUUGCCGUGAUGAUAGCAUUGCUGUAUUUGCUCGCGGCAGCUCUCACCCGCGAGGAUCAAACGUGCACAAUGAUAAUCUAUGGCCCCAUCAUCGCUGUCCUGCUGCUGGUGUCAGCAGGCAUCGUGUGGAGGUGCUUCUUCAUCAUGGUCAAAGUCACAUCGAAUACCAAUUCUGCACCAGAAUCUCCACCGGCAGUCCCUGAUUCGUCCGGUUCAUUGGGUGGAGAUAAAGUUGGAGACGAUCCCCCGUCUUACCGGGACGUUGUGUACCUCAGGUCGUUUAGUUCACCGCCAGAGAAGUCUUCCUCUGUCUUCACAGUGCCUAUGCCUCACGAGAGUUAUAUGCCUUAUUCCUACGGGAGUUUGAACACACUUCCCCCGGCCUACCACUUGGCCGUGUCUCAAAUGUCCAACGAAACAAAUACAUCUCCCCCGAGUGACGUCAUACUCCGUCCGUCAGACAUCACUCUUCCCUCGCAAGUUCCUGCCGGAAAUCUUACGACUCUCUUCAACAGUUCAGAGUCGCCGCAGUCUGCCAUACAUGUUCAAAACACAUAGCUUUAGCAUAUCGAUAUUCCUUGCUGUUUGACAGUGAUAUUAGUUAUGCAUUGGGAUGCAGGCUUGUUAAAAAAUUUUAUCUUUUGUUUAUCAUUAUAACUGUAAUAAGUUUGGUAUGGCCUAUUAAUUAAGAACUAAGACACAAUUUGUAUAUGGUUAAAAAUGUAUUGUUCCUAUUGUUGCACGUCCAUUGGCAUCUUCAUAAAAAGAAGCUGCAAAUUUAUGCUUAGAAAGUUCAACGCCACGGUUGCAUUGAUAUCAUAAUAAUAUAUAUAGAAGCCAAUGCUACUACUUAAACUUCAUGCCUCAUAUUAUCAUAUUGUCAUAUGUUAUCUCAUAUUUUUAUAAUAUUUGGUGUAGGAUAAUUCCAUCUGUCAAGCGCUUGCCGCCAACGAAUAUAAUUUUUUACUGCAUUAGACUGAGCGAGAUUUAAUUUCUCAUUCGAAUCUCAUUGUUGUAUUAGACUAAUUAGAGACUGUUAAAAUGUUAAUUCUGUCUAUGUCAGUAUGAGAAGGGAAAUUUUCUAUAUUAUUUUGUAAAAUUGUGAAAUUAGUAAAUAGAAUAUUAAUUGGAGAUGCCAUGACAAUGCUAUUUCAUGAGAGUGACUGCAACGUUUCAAGUAUAAUAUGUAUUUGCGAUAGAAAUAUUAAGAUUUAUAAUAUAUAAUUUCUCAAUUUUAAAUUUCUUUACAGUCCAGGGGCACCAAUUGAUUAGGUCACGUUUCAAGAGUUUCAAUUAGGUUCUGUGGGAAUUUUUCAUAACAAAUCAAAGGCAUGCGAGUCAAAAUGAAACAGAUUUCAACUGAAAUACAUUGCGAAGGAAGUAUCAUUACCUAACUUCAACAAAAUAUCCGCUAUCCGUGAUCCCAUGGGCCAUAUCAUGUACGUUGUACGUUUACCGUACAGCGUCACCACGUGGCUGUGCUACGAAACGGCCGUAGGCUGCCCGUACGCACGACAAUACCACAGACUAUAAGCACGACCGACAUAUGUUGAAUUGUUGAUUAUCCUUUAACAGCAGCCGGCAGUCUUCGCCGCAUCGUUGUCAUUGUAUUCUCACUUCAACAGCAAUCGCAUGUUCAUCAAUUUCAUUCGUAGUUCUCUUUUCAUUGGCUUCUCCAAACGUCCCAAACUCGCCUCAUUGUCCUCAGCUCCAGACAAUAACACUGAGCCAACUCGUUUAUCACAAAUUUGUCGAUGGCCCUAAUACAGUAAAUGGCUGUCUUCAGGUCUCCGAUAGGCUUCUAAUUUCAGCAGAAACGGUACUUCUAACAAUAACUUUUUUUGGUUUUCUCGGCACUUGCUUCUAGGAAAAUACCUUGCUGUAGAUUGUCCUCAGGGCUACUUCAAUACGACGCUUGACGCCAAGAUCGGAGCAAUUUUAUACCCCGUCCCUGUCUACUGUAUAGUGCAGCCUACUGCCUAAAGAAGACGCCUCAAUGUUAAAUAUCCCUCUAUCUCUUGGCUAUAUUACAGUACACAAUUAUUAUGCAGAUACAAAACUUGACGCUUGUUGAUUUAUUGCGUGAUAUGUUGCAUUGUUGUGAGUGGAUGUUUUUCUACUUCACCUAACAACUAUAAUUAAUUUUGAGCAUUCACUGCCCUAGCUAGUACGAGUAAACACUUGGGUAAUUUAAGCCAUAGAAGACUGGGCACUUUGUCUCAAAUUCUAUUCGUCCAGUGCCUUGUAAAGGAUGAAUGUAAAAUUAUAUACGAAAUGUUUUUGGGUUACCGAUUUUCUCUUGACUCGACGUGUUAUUUGUGAGAAUGAAGAGAUCAGUGACGAAGCAUGCACUAGCGCCAUGUGUUGUCCCUCCUCCUAUAAAUGAUUUGACCCGCUGGGUUUGGUGAACCCGAUCACUGGAAGGGGAAGAAUCUGAUGAGAGAAGGUAAAGCUGACAUAGAAUGAUAGCUUACCAUGCAGAGGAGCUUCAUAUGACUUGGGUUCGUUGAUUGGCAAGAUUUGAGCCAGGUCUCGAAAUAUCAUUUUGAGCGCAGUGCUCUUGAUUCUAACAACGAUGUUCCUUCGAUCAUCUUUACAGAAGCAGGGAAGAUAAAUCCACGGAUUUAACAUGUACACCGUCUGCGGAAGUGGCAAUGGUAAGAUACCUAGAUUUGAUAAGGAUAGAAAUUCAUAAAAUUGGGAAUAUAUGUAGAACCGUUGAAGAUUUCAUAAGCCGACGGUUUGAAAACAAGCGGGUAUACGACGCCCCGCGCGGGUAGCGAAUGGGGCUAUAAAAGGAGGGAGGUAGUAGGAGAAGCAGCGCAGAGUGAAACGGCCAGCGUGCCGAGUAACA